AAAAAAUAAGAAAUAAAACAAAAAGUUAUAAUUUCAAUAAUUGAAUAAAGAGAAAACAAAUAAUUAUUAAAUAAGCAUUCAUUUAAUCAAUAAAUCAAUCAUUCCAACAACACUUCAAAGUUCCUAAAAUAUAUAAAAAAAGGAUAAUUUAUUUAGAAGAUGAUACUUUCUUAGAAUCAACAAUUCAAUUAUAGAAAUCCAAAUGAGCGUGCUAUUUACUAGAGAAGAGUGCAAGAUGAAAAAUUGGAUAGGUUGAAAACAAAACUGAACCAAGAGUUCUAUGAAAAAGAAUUUGCUUGUUGGGAGAACAGGGGAAAGGCUGUAAAUGAAGGAAACUAUAUUAAAUAGAGAUUGGCCGAGCUUCGUGUAAGAAGUUAAAGAGCAUUAAAUGAAAGACGUUAAAAAUUAGCAACCUUAUUAGGAAGAGAGCAUGAGUAGUACAAAUAAGAAAUUCAUGAUUUGCAAGAAACCCCUGAGGAUAUUAGAUAAAAAAUGAUUUAACGUGUGAAUCACCUCAAAGAAGAAAAGGAAAAGGAAAGGUAGAAAAUUGUAGAAGAAAAAAGAGAGUAAUAAUUUGUUCGUAAUGCUGACGAGCUUCGUAAAGUAGAUGCCGAUUUCCACGAACUCAAAACAUAUCACGAGCAAAAUAUAUAAAUUAUGGAAAAGCAAAAGAUUCUUUAAGAAAAAUAUGAAGAGGAGAUGAUUUAUGCAGAACUUUACAAAUAUGACAUUAAAAAGAAGGAAAAAGAAGAACUUGUAAAAGAAUAUGAAAGAAAGAAGAAAGUUGACGAAAGAAAUAAAGUCCUCCACACACAAUUGGCCAUGAACCAAACUAGAAGAAACUAAGAAAAAGAUUUGGAUUCCCUCGAAAAAAUGAUGCUUAAAGAAGAGUGGAAGAAAGAGGAAGAAAGACAUAAAAAGCAGUAACAAGAGCUAUUCUAGUUUAACAAAGACUUAAAUAAUGAAAUCAAAGAAAGUAAUGAAGAACUUUAAAGAAGAAAAGCAUAUGAAAAAGAUAUAGAAAAACAAUAAGAUAAAGAAAUGAUUAGUAGAAUAAUAACUAAAGAAUAAAUGCUUGAUAGACUUGAAGCAGAAUAAAAGCGCAAAUUCCAAGAAGAAACAAAAGCCUUCUUGUUGAAUUUUAAAAAUAGAUCUAACGAAACUCAUUAAUACGAAGCUGAGCUAGAGAGAUUGAUUAACGAAGAAGCAGAAAAGCAAUGGUAAAGAUAAAAUGCUAUUUGGUAAAAAGAAAGAGAAGCAAAAAUUAAGUUAAUGCAUGAAGUUUAUGAUUCAAGAAAAACUGAUAUUGAACUCAAAUAAACUUUAGUCUAAGUAGAAAAAGAAUAAAAAGAGUUAGAAAAAGACAUAUUAACAAAAGCUGUUGCUGCUUAUGAAUAAGAAGUUGAGAGAAAAAAGAAAGAGCUAUACCUUACAAACAAGCAACACCAAUCUUCACUUAUUGGCUAAAUGCACGACAAAGAUAGAAAAAGGUAAGAUGAAUUGGAGAAAAUUAGAUAGGAAGAAGAAUAAGAAAGAUUAAGAAAUAUUGCUUAUGAGCAAAGACUUUAAGAAAAGAAAAUACAAGGAAAACAACUCCUUGACGAAUUAAGAAAAAAGAGACCUUUUUGA